GAGCCCAGUUCCUGUGGGCAGCACUUGACGUGCCUGAACCCUCUCCUUUCUGCAAUUCAAGGGAAAGACGAGACCUUGCACAAGGCACCCCGUGUCUGCCCUCCUCCAGAGAAGGCCGGCAUGGAGCCUCUCCGGCUGCUCAUUCUGCUCGCCGUCACAGAGCUGUCCAGAGCCCACAACACAACGGUGUUCCAGGGUAUGGCGGGCCGGUCCCUGCAGGUCUCCUGCCCAUACAACUCCCUGAAGCACUGGGGGAGACGCAAAGCCUGGUGCCGCCAGCUGGAUGAAGAAGGCCCAUGCCAGCGGGUGGUUAGCACCCACCGCUCGUGGCUGCUGUCGUUCCUAACGAGGAGGAAUGGGAGCACAGCCAUCGUGGAUGAUGCCUUGGGUGGCACACUCACCAUCACGCUGCGCAAUCUUCAAGCCCACGACGCUGGCCUCUACCAGUGCCAGAGUCUCUAUGGUGAUGAGACCGACACCCUCAGGAAGGUCCUAGUGGAGGUGCUGGCUGACCCCCUUGAUCACCUGGACCCUGGAGAUCUCUGGAUCCCUGAAGACUCCAAGAGCUUUGAGGGUGUUCGUGUGGAGCCCAGCAUCUCCAGGAGUCUCUCUGAAGAGGAGAUCCCCUUCCCACCCACGUCCAUCCUUCUCCUCCUGGCCUGCAUCUUUCUCAGCAAGUUUCUAGCAGCCAGUGCCCUCUGGGCUGUGGCCUGGCGUGGGCAGAAACUGGGGACACCCCCAGCCAGUGAGCUGGACUGCAGCCAUGAUCCAGGUUACCAGCUCCAGACCCUAACAGAUAUUUUCUGUGCCGGAUAACACUCUAGGCGCCAGAGACACAAGAGUGAACCAAACAGGCAAAGAUUCCUGCCCACACAGAGCCAUGGACUGGUGGAAGGGGAGGGGAGACAGACACAAUAAAUAAGUCAGCCACAUGGUAUGUUAAAAGAUGAAGUGCUGAGGGGAUGCCUAGGUGGUGUCAGUUAAGGGUCUGCCUUUGGCUCCUGUCAUGACCCCAGGAUCCUGGGAUCAAGUCCCACAUUGGGCUCCCUGUUCAGCGGGGAGUCGGCUUCUCCCUCUGCCUGCUGUUCCCCCUGCUUGUGCUCUCUCACUU